AUGGGGAAUUGCUUUGGAUCUCAUCCUUCAACUGACCCUAAUCUCUCUAGCUCCACUAGAGCUUCCACUUCUACACCAGUGACGUCGCGUAAUUUCAGCAAUGGAGGAGGUCUUUCUGCAACGAGCAGCAGUGCGGGGCUUAGCCGGUUUUCUGCUGCUGCAAGUGAUGAUACGUGUGCGUCUGGAGAAAUAUUGCCGACAUCAAAUUUGAAGAUUUUUACUUUUGCUGAUUUGAAGAUUGCCACAAAGAACUUCAAGUCUGAUAUGGUUUUGGGGGUUGGAGGCUUUGGAACUGUAUUUAAGGGAUGGGUAGAUUCAAAGACACUUUCACCGUCUAAAGUUGGUACUGGAAUGAUGGUAGCUAUUAAGAAAUUGAGCCCUAAGAGCACACAAGGGUUUGAAGAAUGGCAGUCGGAAGUCAACUUUUUAGGAAGGCUUUCACAUCCUAACUUGGUUAAGCUCCAUGGAUACUGCUGGGAAGAUAAAGAACUUUUACUUGUAUACGAGUUUAUGCAGAGGGGAAGCCUGGAAAACCAUCUUUUUAGAAGAAGUGUUGCAAUCGAACCCUUAUCAUGGGACAUACGACUUAAAAUAGCUAUAGGAGCUGCUCGGGGCCUAGCUUUUUUGCACGCUUCAGAUAAGCAAGUCAUAUACAGAGACUUUAAGGCCUCCAACAUCCUGCUUGACACGAAUUAUAAUGCAAAAAUAUCAGACUUUGGCUUGGCAAAAUUAGGGCCCGCACAGGGGAAUUCACACGUAACAACCCGAGUUAUGGGAACAUAUGGUUAUGCGGCUCCUGAAUAUGUUGCAACAGGUCAUCUCUAUGUAAAGAGUGAUGUGUAUGGAUUUGGCGUGGUGCUGCUUGAGAUUUUGACAGGCUUACGUGCACUUGAUAACAAACGACCUAGUGGCCAGAAGAAUUUGGUUGAUUAUGCUAAACCCUUUCUCUGUCAGAGAAGGAAGCUAAUGAGCAUUAUGGAUGCACGGAUGGAAGGCCAGUAUUCUUCGAAGGCAGCUUUACAGGCUGCUCAACUCAGUUUAAGAUGCCUUGAAUCAGAACCCAGAAAGCGGCCUUCAAUGAAAGAAGUUGGAGAGACGUUGGAACAAAUAUCAGCUAUUGGAAAACCAAAAGAAUCCAAAAGUAAGUCCAUGCCUUCUUCAUCUCAUCGCCAUCACAAUCACCAUCACCAUCACCAUGGAGAUAGAGUAGCAUCUGGAAGAUAA